AGUUUUUCAUGGAAUGCUUCAGUCGAAAUCUGGUCGAAAUCAUUCCGAUAUAAUUUAUACACAUAUAUAUUUCUAUCACCAAGAGAAUGUGUAAGCCCACAGUAUACGAGUUGCAGCUAGUUGCAGUGAGAGCGGUCGUAAAUAUUACAAUCCUAGACCAAAACACAACCGCCAGAAACCAACCAACAAGCGCCAGAGAACCGACGCUUGGGGGAACAGGGCACAAUACAUGGAAUCUGGACAGACUCGAGCGACGAGGAUGAGGAUGUUGAGUAUCAGAGAGCGAGGAGACUUUUUAGUAUGUCUGGUGGGUUUAAUUUUUCGGGUAAGAAGAAGAAGAAGGGGAAGAAGAGGGGGAGGGGGACAGGAGAGGGAAAGGCGGGGGUGGAUGUGGAGCAGGUCAGAUGAUGAAGUGUUGAUGAUGAAGGAGAAAGCUUUGAAAGACUCGACACCGGUAUCGUAUCGUAUCGUAUGUAGUGUUCUGUUUUCUGCUUUCUUUUUUUUCUGUCUCUCCCUCAAGGUCUCGUUGGUAGCGCGUUCAACGUUAUUCUCUGGGUGUUUCUGUUGGUUAUUUUUUUUUCUCGCAUUACUGUAUAUCGCAAUUCCACCAUCAUAGUUCUGGAUUUCUAAUAGUACAAUUCCUAUAUAUCUUUAUUUUUUAUUCACCCAUGUUAUCUUCUUACCUA